GUAGCCUCUCAAAUGGCUGUAGUUCUGCUGGCAGACGGCUGAAGCUGAAGUUUCUGGCUCAACUUUGUCAAUAUGUUUUCUUUAAACUGAAUCAACAUUUUAAAGUUGCCUCACGGCAAUAAUUGUUUAAAGUCACAGCUUUAUCAGACAUCAACAUGAUUCACAGUCUCUUUAUCAUAAACUCUUCAGGGGAUGUUUUUAUGGAGAAGCACUGGAAAAGUGUCAUAUCACGAUCAGUAUGUGACUACUUCUUUGACCAACAGCGUAAAGUCUCCUCUCCAGAAGAUGUUCCCCCAGUGAUAGCUACACCACAUCAUUAUCUCAUUAGCGUUUAUAGGUGCUCAAUGUUCUUUGUUGCUGUUUGCAUGACUGAAGUUCCACCAUUGUUUGUGAUUGAGUUUCUUCAUACUGUUGUGUCUACCUUGGAAGACUACUUCAGUGAGUGCUCAGAAAGUCUCAUUAAAGAAAAUUAUGUGGUUGUGUAUGAGCUUCUGGAUGAGAUGCUUGACAAUGGUUUCCCAUUGGCAACAGAGUCAAAUAUAUUGAAGGAGCUCAUUAAGCCUCCUAAUAUUCUACGUACUCUUGCAAAUUCUGUGACAGGGAAGUCCAACGUUAGUUCCACAUUACCAAGCGGGCAGCUCUCUAACAUACCUUGGAGAAGAACUGGUGUGAAAUACACCAACAAUGAAGCUUACUUUGACAUUGUAGAAGAAGUUGAUGCAAUUAUUGACAAAUCUGGUUCUACAGUAUUUGCUGAAAUUCAAGGAUAUAUUGAUUGUUGUAUCAAACUCAGUGGAAUGCCUGAUCUCACUCUUUCUUUCAUGAAUUCCGGCCUCUUUGAUGAUGUCAGCUUCCAUCCAUGUGUUAGAUUCAAGAGAUGGGAGUCGGAGCGUCUCCUCUCUUUUAUUCCUCCUGAUGGCAAUUUCCGUUUAAUGUCGUAUCACAUUGGAUCUCAGAGUGUGGUUGCCAUUCCUGUCUAUGUGCGCCAUAGCAUCAACUUUAGAGAAGCUGGAGGUGGACGACUUGACAUAACUGUUGGUCCAAAGCAAACUGUUGGCCGCACAGUGGAGAAUGUGGUUUUGGAAAUACCUAUGCCAAAAGCAGUUUUGAAUUGUAGUUUAACGCCAUCUCAGGGGAAGUAUUCCUUUGAUCCAGUCAGCAGGACACUUGUGUGGGAUGUCGGUCGCAUUGAUACCACAAAACUGCCAAAUAUUCGUGGAACAAUCAACUUGCAGUCUGGUGCUCCUCCGGUUGAAUCUAACCCAGCUAUAAAUGUUCACUUCACUAUUAAUCAGAUGGCUGUGUCUGGUUUACGGGUCAAUCGGCUUGACAUGUAUGGAGAAAAAUAUAAGCCGUUUAAGGGUGUCAAAUAUAUAACCAAGGCAGGGCGUUUCCAAAUCCGCAUGUAAGCCUAUCAUCUUGUUGAUCUUAAUCAAGGUGGAUGGGAUGCAGAUCUCAACUGAUCUUGAUUGCUAUUAUCUUUAAAAAAUAAAUUUUAUAUCUCUAUUACAAUUA